AUGCAGGCCAAGUACAGGAGCACCAGCGACAUGUGGGACGAUGACUGUGACACCACCCUGAGCCUGCAUUCGCAAGUCUCCACCGCAUCCCGGCGGCCAGAGCCCAGGCCAACAGAGCCCAGGAGGACUCCCUCGUCAGCUUGGCGUCCAGCGGCCCUGACUCUGCUGGCUCUGUGCUUGGUGCUGUUGGUGGGCCUGGCAGCCCUGGGCCUUGUGUUUUUUCAGUACUACCAGCUCUCUGACACACAGCAAGACCGCCUCGCUGAGAAGGAGGAACGACUGGGGAAUCUCUCCCGGGAGAUGCAAUCUCUCCAGGCCCAGAACAGGAAGCUUGCAGAAACUCUGCUGCGUGUGGCUGAAAAACUCUGUCGGGAACUCUAUAACAAGACCGGAGGACACAGGUGCAGCCCUUGUCCAGAGAAAUGGAGGUGGCAUGAGGACAGAUGUUAUCAGUUCUACACAGAGGGCAGAAGCUGGCAGGGCUGCAAGUCUUUCUGCUUAUCUGAGAACUCUACCAUGCUGAAGAUAAACACGCAAGAAGUGCUGGAGUUUGCCAUGCCUCAGAGCUACUCUGAGUUUUUCUACUCUUAUUGGACAGGGCUCUCCCGCAACAGCAGUGGCGAGGCCUGGCUGUGGACAGAUGGAGCGCCUUUCAACUUUCAACUGUUUGAGGUUGCAAUUGAUGUGACUAACUUAAGGAGCAGGGACUGCGUGACCAUUCUCAAUGGGAAGGCUUUCUCAAAGGACUGCAGGGAGCUGAGACGCUGUGCGUGCGAGCGGCCGGCCGGGCUGGUGAGGCCAGAGAAGCUCCUUCAGAAUUCCUGGAGCACCUGACGGGAGUGAGGCCCUCUUUCCUCCAGCCACAAUGCCGGGCAGCAGAAAGGAGCCAAGCAAAAGCAAUGCAAGGGAGGUUUGCAGCAUCGGCAGAGACACAUCAGAAAAAUCUGCCCCUCCGCCCAGUGCCAGAAGGCUUCUCGCGUUUCCUGCUCAGGGUCACCGGCAUUUCUGAAUGCCAUUUCAGUCACGUGUUUACCAGUCACAAGACUCUUUACGAACCACCUCCCAACCCUAGAAACUCAUAAAGCCAUCAUUGACCUCCUUGGAGAUAAGGUCCUCGCUUUCUUCUUUCUCAGCGUUUCCUGUCUCCCUAUUUCCACAUUCUUUUUAUAUUUUGCAAAAUGAGAAGAAAAUUAGUGAAGUAGAAGAUUUCAACAGAAAUAACGUUGUUUGCCCCCAUAGAAGUCCAUGAGGAACUAGCAGCCAUUCCUCAUUGCUAGCAACUGUCAAGUACUGAUUUUGUUUCAGUUCAUCCUUCUUCCUUUCCAUACCUCUCAAUAAAGACUGCCUGCCACGUGCACACAUGGCCUGCUUUCAAACUGGGACACUUCUCAGCAGAACCUUCUUGUAACUAUGCCUCCCCUGACCACCAAGAUUCCAGAAUGCCUCCUUCCCCCAAGAAUUUUUCCCAGGCAGGAUAUAUGAUCAACUCAAUUCCAUAUCAGAAUUACACUUCCUGAUAGUCUCUUUGGAGAGGCUGAAAAACAGGAAAAAAAACCUGUCAAUAUUUUUGUACACAAUAGUGAUGGAUUUUGGUUCCCAUCUCUUCCCGUUUCUCAUCUUGCAGGUACUGAAGAGUUAAUAAUAAAUGUGAACAACA